AUGUCGUUGUUCAAUCCCCUUCCUGUCACCAGAAGACCCACCAAGCAGGAGAUCCAGCAUUUGUACCAUCUGUUUUUGAAGACGUCCAAGGCCUUCUCUAACUACAAUUUCAGAGAGUACUUUUUGAGAAAGGCCAAACAUGAUUUCGAGCAGAGAAACAAGCUUACAGAAGACAAAGAUAUCAUCAACUCAUAUAACCAAGCUUUGAAAGACUACGCUGUUCUUAAAAGGCAAUCCGCCAUUUCCCAAAUGUACAAGUUUGACCAGAAUGUUGUUGAAGCCAACCCAUUGUUCCACCAUCACCAGAUCAAAGACGACUGA